UAAAAACUGGUCAACUUUAACUAUCAACAGAUAUCUCUCAGGGUAGCCAGAAUGUCUAACAUUGACUUCAAGAGACUUGAGUUCUUCAGCAGCAUCCUCAGAGGUUGCAGUGUAGGUCAAUCCUGUAAUAACUCCCAUCUCAUUUUCUACAACAGGAGUGUUGAUAAUUGGCUGGAGAUUGCUGAUGAUGGGUCUCCCUGGUUACGAAUACUCAUCUCUGUGGUGUACUUUGUUGUGGCUACAGCAGGAGUGUUGGGGAACUUGUUAGUGAUGUUCCUGCUUUAUUCUACUCACACCAUCACCACAGGCACCAUCAAUUUCUUUGUGUUCAACCUAGCUUUGGCCCACCUGCUGUUCUCCCUGGCCUUGCCCUUUUGGGCCGUGGACAUUGCAAUGGACUACAGCUGGCCUUUUGGCUUGGCCACAUGCAAGGCCGUAUCUUUACUCACUGGGCUGAACGUCUUUGCUAGCUGCUUCUUCCUGACAGCUAUGAGUUUGACCCGGUACUGUUAUGUGGCAACUGCUCUCAAAUCCAGGGCCUCCCUGUGCAGCAGAUCUUGCACUUCUCCGGUGGUCACAGCUUUUAUCUGGGCCGGAGCACUCAUAGCGGCGACACCCCGAGGUGUGUUUGCAGACCUGAGACUAGUGGGCAGUAGCAACGACACAGCAUGUCUGCUCCGUUUCCCAGAUGGUACAGCCUGGCUCGGAAUAAACCAGCUCCUGCGAGUAGUGCUGGGAUUUCUGCUGCCCUACGCCAUCAUCAUCCUGUCCUACAUGCUUCUGCUGCGCUUCCUCUGUCGCCAUAAACUGAAAGGCACCAACUCUCGCCGAAAGGCUGAUAUUUCAAAGUCUGUGGCAGUGGUGGUACUCUCAUUCUGCGCCUGCUGGUUCCCAUAUAAUGUCCUCACACUUUGGGGUGCCCUGAUCCAGCUUGACAUAGUUGAUAUCAGCCCCUCAUUCUACUCUGCUCAAACAUACUUUUUCCCUCUGGCUAACUGCUUGGCUUUCACCAGCAGCUGCUUCAACCCUGUCAUCUACUGCCUGGUUAGAAAAGAAUACCGUGUGGCUCUCCAUAACGUGCUCUUCAAAUUGAGCCUAGCUAUUAUGUCCAAGAUGCCUUAUGGCAUUAACUCUGAGGAGGGAUCAGCACAAGCUGGGCAACUGGCCAUUCCACUCAACAACAUGUACAGCCAGACAACCCAAUCUGACACAAGGGGUUAUGCACCACUGUCAGCACUUCCAACAGUAGUGUCCACUCUGUAAAGCCACACCACAGUGAUCAAAUUCCUUCCACCUAUACUUAAGUUUUAUGUAGAAUGAUGUUUUAUUUUGAAAGUUUUCAUUAUGUGCUUUAGAAAGACCAGUGUUUUCCUCUAAGGAUAUACAGCUUGUAUAGUUUAGAUCUCUUGCACCUAAGCUUUUAUGGGUCUUGUGAUUUACAGUUUAGCUGACUGAAUGGGCUUCAUGAAGAUUUGAGCCUGAUUCACGGCAUGAUAAAAAUUUAAACAUGAGACUAAUUCACUACAAAUUUAACUUUCAGAUGUCCCUCAAUUCUGCAUGAGGCCUUCCUAUUCCUUUUCUUCUCCUCCUCCUUAUUAUUGUUCAUAUAAUUAUCAUAAAAUCCUAUACAAUAGUUAACUGUUGUAUAAAGUAAUAUUUACUACUGCUGCACUGUAGGUCUGGAUUGUGAUUGUCUUGGUUUUAGAUUGAAAACGUGUCAAAACAUUUUUGUCAUUUGUUUGAAUAGAAAUUAAAAAAUAA